AUGCGUGCUUUCCAGUUCAUCGUUUUAGGCGGUGCGGCCGUCAGCUUUGUCGUCGCAGCUCCUGUUGCCGAGCCGGAGCCUUCUCCCUCCCCUCAGCUCAAUUACAACGACUAUGGUGACUAUGGGAACUACGGCAAAUACGACUACUACCCUACACCGGGUCCAACUCCCACUGCAUAUGGCAAGUACGCUUCAUAUGGCAAAUACCCGGAGAAACGACAAGUAGCUCCUGAUGAAGUAAUCGACCCUGGAGACUAUAGUGAUUAUGGCCAAUACAACAAUUACGCACAAAAGCGCGAAGCUGUCCCUGGCGAAGUAGUGGACUCCGCGAGUUAUGGAAAUUAUGGCAACUACGGUAGAUACGGCAGAUACGGCAGCUACGGAAGAUACCCAGAGAUGCUCGAAGCUGGUCCUGGCGAAGGAGCAGACCCUGCGAACCAUGCCAAUUACGACGGAUGCGGCUCGCACCCGGAGAAGCGCGAGGUUGCUCUAGAGAGUGGACUUGAUCGCGGCGUUAUGUAA